AUGGCCAAUAGCAAACAACAUGGUUUUAUUUCAAAAACGAUGGGUCUAUCGCUUGGGUUCCUGGGCAUCGUAGGUCUCGUCGUGUCGCUCAUAUCGCUGGUGCCCGUGAACGUGUACAACAUGUUUAUCGGCGUGAACGCACUGACAGAGCUGCUAAGGUACGAGCUACAAGACAGCACGGAUUGGUGGUCGCUCUCGCCGGACGGCACCGUGUACUCUGUCUUCUUGACGGGCUCAGUCAUGUCGUCCCUGAUCACGAUUGUCAUGGUGAUUGCCACAUGUCUCCGUCAACAACAAACGGACGACAAUGCACAGAUGGUGAUGGUGACAACAAACGUAGAAGAAGACGAGGAGGAGGAUAUUGAGGCACACAACAACAGCGGCAGCAGCAGCAGCAACACGAAGCGGUGGCAGCGGCGGCAACAGCAGCGGAGGUCCAGUGUUUGGUUAAGUCGUAUUGGCUGUCUCAUCUUUGUAGGACAGAUUGGUUGGGCUUUGUUUGGUACGCACUUGCUGUUCUUUUACAAGGACGAGUUGCCAGAGACAAUCCAUCGAUCCGCCAUGAUUUCCGUUGGAAUCCUGUGGCUGAACUACCUUAUCAUCACCAUCUUCUCCUUUAUUUUACUUUGCGCCUCAUUUUUCAUCAUUCUCGGCGCACGACGAAGCGGCAGCAGCAGCAGCAGCAGCACUACCACCAGCACGACGAGCAGCAGCCGUCAGUAUCAUCAUCACCAUGCGCGGUCCAGCACACCCUCCUCUUCCGCCGAAGAGAUGCAGUACAACCGCGAAGAAACCACCCCAUUGUUGAAUACCUCUAUACGUACUACUUGA